GCGACAGCAACCACAUCAAUGGAUGGAGGAGGAGAAGAUGGAUCACCUCCUUCCCCUGACGGAGGAGGAGAAGAUGGAUCACCUCCUCUUCCCCCUGACGCUGGCGGAGCCGAUGGAUCACCUCCUCCCCCUGACGGAGGAGGAGAAGAUGGAUCACCUCCUCCUCCCCCUGACGCUGGCGGAGCCGAUGGAUCACCUCCUCCCCCUGACGGAGGAGGAGAAGAUGGAUCACCUCCUCCUCCCCCUGACGCUGGCGGAGCCGAUGGAUCACCUCCUCCUCCCCUCCUGGGCCAGGGUCCGUACGCCCCUGAUGCUGGCGGAGUCGAUCCUCCCCGCCUGCGGAGUCCGUACGCCCCUGAUGCUGGCGGAGCCGAUGGAUCACCUCCUCCUCCCCGCCUGGGCCUGGGUCCGUACGCCCCUGAUGCUGGCGGAGCCGAUGGAUCACCUCCUCCUCCCCGCCUGGGCCUGGGUCCUCCCCGCCUGGGCCUGGGUCCGUACGCCCCUGAUGCUGGCGGAGCCGAUGGAUCACCUCGUCUUCCAGGAGAAGAUGGAUCACCUCCUCCCCCUGACGCUGGCGGAGCCGAUGGAUCACCUCCUCCUCCCCCUGACGCUGGCGGAGCCGAUGGAUCACCUCCUCCUCCCCCUGACGCUGGCGGAGCCGAUGGAUCAUCCGGCGGUGGAGCUCCUCCUCCUCCCCCUGACGCUGGCGCGAACAUUCUUCCAUCUCCUCCUGGCACACCUCCUGCUCCAACGACUAGCGACAACAGCGGCGGCGGCAGUAGCUCGAUUACCGCUGGCGCGAUUGUGGGGAUUGCCGUGGCCGGGAUUUUGAUCUUGAUCGUGCUCGCGCUGGUGGUUUGCUGCCUCCGAAGGAAGUCCAAGAGGAAGUAUAAACGAGAUGACCACGCGUAUGGAUCAGGGCAAUGCAAAGCUGAGAUGCAUGAAGCCGGCAGGACACCAAGACCAGAUCAUUAUGACCACAAGCCUCCUCCGCCACCACCGCCGCCGCCGCCUCACUAUAAUUACGCGUAUGGGUCUCCAGUUCCGCCACCACCUCCGCCGCCACCACCGCACUACAGUAAUUCGGGAAGACAGGAUUCCUGGGGGCAACCACCACCGCCCGGUAUGAGCCCGAGCAUGGGUAGCUCCAGGUCGUUGUUCACGCAACCACCACCGCCCGGUAUGAGCCCGAUCAUCGGUAGCUCCAGGUCGUUGUUCACGCAACCACCACCGCCCGGUAUGAGCCCGAGCAUGGGUAGCUCCAGGUCGUUGUUCACUUACGAGGAACUUGAGGCAGCGACUGCUGGAUUCUCCAGGGCCAAUCUUCUCGGCGAGGGUGGGUUUGGAUGUGUAUACAAGGGAUUUCUCCAUGGUGGUCAAGUUGUAGCUGUGAAGCAGCUUAGAGAUGGAAGCAGGCAAGGAGAGCGUGAGUUUCGAGCUGAGGUUGAGAUUAUUAGCAGAGUUCAUCACAGGCAUCUGGUUUCGCUGGUUGGAUACUGCAUUGAGGAUGCUCAGAGGCUGCUGGUUUACGAUUUCGUGCCGAAUGGAACGCUGGAGCAUCACCUGCACGGUAGAACCGUGAUGGAUUGGCCAACGAGAUUGAAAAUAGCUUCUGGUUCUGCUCGUGGACUAGCAUAUCUUCAUGAAGACUGCCAUCCUCGAAUCAUUCAUCGGGACAUAAAGUCGUCUAACAUUCUUUUGGAUAACAAUUUUGACGCUCAGGUCUCUGACUUUGGGCUUGCGAAGCUCGCUUCUGACACUUACACACACGUCACUACUCGAGUUAUGGGAACCUUCGGGUACCUUGCGCCUGAGUACGCCUCCACAGGAAAACUGACGGAGAAGUCAGACGUGUACUCCUUUGGAGUCGUCCUACUGGAACUUAUAACGGGAAGGAGGCCUGUAGAUACCACGCAACCUGUGGGAAAAGACAGCUUGGUCGAAUGGGCUCGACCAUACCUCAUGCAGGCUAUCGAGAAUGGCGACCUCGGUGGCGUAGUCGACGAAAGACUAGCAAACUACAACGAGAACGAGAUGCUACGAAUGGUCGAGGCAGCUGCAGCCUGCGUUCGACACUCAGCCAGAGAACGCCCAAGGAUGGCAGAGGUUGUCCCCGCUCUAAAAAGCGAUAUCUCCGACCUCAACCAAGGAGUAAAGCCAGGCCACAACUCGAACUUCACGAGUGCGGACUACAAUAGCAACCAAUACGUCUCAGACAUGAAAAGGUUCCAAAAGGUGGUGUUUGGAAGCCAAGAACACGGGAGCUCCGAACACAGUGGCCCGCCGACGAGCGAUCCCUCGGUGUCGAGCAGUGAAGGGAUGAGCAGCAUGGAGAUGGAGAGGCGGCGGGCUGGGUUGCUUUGGAGCUCGGACACGACGAGUUCCAGUGAGAUCAAUGCCAACACCAACAGCAGUAAUCGUCUCAAUGGCCGGUAAAAUUUCGAGAAGAAAUAUCACAGGGAAGAAGAGAAUAUUUUUUUAAGUUACUACGUUGUCUCGUUUGUAUAAUAUAUUUGAUCGAUGCUUGGCCGCGAUG